GGCGGCCCAUCUUCCCUGGGUACUUAAGCUCGCGGGAGGAUCUUAAGGGCACGCGCGUCGCGGUGGCGGUGUUUCAUUGCUGUGCGGGGCUGGGGGCCCCGUGGCCUCUGAUUAUGAAACCAAAUCAGAUAUCAAGGAGUCGGUUCCAAAGCAGGAAGUAUCAGAAGAAACAGAUACACUGAGCCACCUCCAGAGCACUCUGGAAUAAUGAUUCCCAAGAAUGCAAGAUUGGAGCACUCAAAAAUUGGGAAGACAGUUUGAAUAUUCCUCAGAGAGAUCCUUCCAGGGAGAUGCUGAGGACGAGGACUAGAAGUAUAAAGCCAGCAGAUAUCAAGGAUGUAAAAAUCUCCCUAGAGAAGGAAAGCCAGAAAGGUGAAGAAUUUGAUAACUUCUUUAAUCUAGGCUCAAAAAGUAUUUCACAUUCGAGAAUUCACAGGGAGAACAAGGGGCCAGUUUCAGAAGUCAAAAUACAAGUCACAACUUGUGAAAGGCUUCAGAGGGUAGCCCCUCUGGCAGCCAGGUUUAGAGAAGCCCUAGAGGGGAAUGGAAGUGCAAAGAGGCAUCAGGGAAGCCAGGCAGGACCCAGAGCGAGGAGAAGGAAGAGAGUUUCCAGAGGUGUUGCCUUCAGAGACAGGAGUGCCCUUGAUGAGGAAAGAGGGCAACAAAACUACCCAGGAGAGAAACCCUUUAUCUGUAAAGAGUGUGGAAAAGCCUUUGGUCAGAGUGCAAACCUCAUCGUGCACCAAAGAAUCCACACAAGGGAGAAACCUUUCCUAUGUAAUGAAUGCGGAAAAGGCUUCAGACAGAGGUCACACCUCAUACGACAUCAGAGGAUCCACACUGAUGAGAAACCCUAUGAAUGCCAAGAAUGUGGGAAGACCUUCAGCCAGAGCUCAAAUCUCAUAGUUCAUCAGGGCAUCCACACUGGGGAGAAAUCUUUUGAAUGUGGUGAAUGUGGGAAAGCCUUCAGCCGGAGUUCAGGCCUCACUGUCCAUCAGAGGAUCCACACGGGGGAGAAGCCAUUUGAGUGUAAUGAAUGCAGCAAAGCUUUCAGUUGUAGCUCAUACCUUAUUGUGCAUCAGAGAAUUCACACAGGGGAGAAACCCUACAAGUGUAAUGAGUGUGGAAGAGCCUUUGGCCAGAGCUCCCAUCUUAUUCUCCAUCAGGCAACUCAUGCCCGGAAGAAACCUCAGCUGGCUACUUGGGUUAGGGCCCACUGUUAAUGGGGCAGAGUUGAAUGGUCAUGUUAUGUGCUCGCCUUCACCCAGGUCAGCAUCUCAUAAAUACUAGGAAGUAUGUGAGAGGUCAUGGACUCUUCACUGCUGGAAAUCUGGGUCCACAAACUCACUCUGCUUGUAUGGUGUUUUAUUCACUUGCCUUAUUUUUGUAUGUGUGCCUCCAGUCAGAUUUGGAGUUCCAAGAGGUAGAUGCCAGGUCCUGUCUUCUGGUUUGAUUGAUAGGAAACUGAGGAGCUCUUCAUUUCUACAAAGUUGAUGAAAUAUUAAUUCAUUGAGAAAUUCCUCAUAUCAAGAAACUUUUAAUCUGAUAAUCUUGCAAGAUCUCACCUGCUUUGAAGAUUUGUAAUUUUUCCAACAUAACUCCAGCACAUUAAAGCUUACUGUACUUUUCAAUGUUAUUUCAAAGCUUUAAUGUGCUAGAGUUGGGGAGCUUAGAAGGCCCACUGUGAGCACUAAAAUUUAGAAUGUCAUAUCCUCAUUUAAAUGUAGGCUGCCUUUAGGAAUGACCAAAACAGCGAAGGAUACAUAGGAUGAUAGAGUCAUCAAUCAAAGGAACCCUACCAGACCAGAACUGCAGACCAGAGUUAAGAAGAUGAAGUAUUAAACCCUGUCCAUAGGGCUAAGGAGUCUGAGCCUCUCAGAAGUGUUCUGUCAGAAACAUUGCAGUCCUUGACCAUUAGACAUGCUAGAGGGGUGUCUUUAAAAUUAUCCUUCUCUCUCAUCUUCAGUCCCUAGCUGCUCAGGGCUGAAAUCCUAGUCUUAGGGCCUGUUCUCUUCUUUCUAGACCAUAUAGCUUGACUUUUCCUUACAGGAAUUAAAACAGAUCGUGUGUGUAUAUAAAAUUAAAAAGUAAUAUCCUAAUCAUCUGCCACUUAUACAAAAAGAGAUUUAUUACCUUUAAAGGAAAAAUAUAAUAGGAAUGUAGUAUGUCUCAGUAUAUGCAGUCAUGUGCAACAUAAUGAUGUUUACAACAGACCACAUAUUUGAUGGUAGUCUUAUAAGGUUGUAAUGGAGCUGAGAAAUUCCUCUGGCCUAGUGACUCUGCAGCUGUUGUAAUGUGGUAGCACAAUGCAGUACUCACAUGUUUGUGGUGAUGCUGGUGUAAACAAGCUGACCGUGCUGCCAGUUAUAUAAAAGGACAGCACAUGCAGUUAUAUACAGUGCAUAAUACUUGAUAAUAAAGACUGUGCUACUGGUUUAUGUA